CGCCCCUUCCGCCCGCCUGCGCCGGCAGACGCGGCGCGUCCCGCGGCCUCGGGAGCAGGGGAGGCGGGGCGGGGCGGCGCUGCCCGGCGCUGCUCCUCCCAGCGGCGGGGGCGCACACGGGCAGCAUUAGCUCAUCUCGGCGGCGGCGGCGGCUCCUCGGCAGCCUUUUCUUCCCCUGUCUCCCGCCGCCGCCUCGGAGCCGCCCUCCGCUUCGCCGGGCCGGGGGCGCGGCGCGGCGCCGCUCCCCAGCAGCCUCCAUGGCUCUGUGCAACGGAGACGCCAAGCUGGAGAACGCCGGAGGAGAGCUCAAGGACGGCCAGCAUCUCUACGAGGGAGCCGUAGUGAUACUAGACGCCGGAGCGCAGUAUGGGAAAGUCAUAGAUCGUCGAGUGCGCGAGCUCUUCGUUCAGUCCGAGAUCUUCCCUUUGGAAACGCCAGCCUUCGCCAUCAGAGAACAGGGGUUUCGAGCUAUCAUCAUAUCUGGAGGACCAAACUCUGUAUAUGCAGAAGAUGCACCAUGGUUCGACCCAGCAAUAUUUACAAUAGGAAAACCAGUUCUUGGAAUUUGCUAUGGCAUGCAGAUGAUGAAUAAAGUAUUUGGAGGUACCGUGCACAAAAAAAGUGUUAGAGAAGAUGGAGUGUUCAGCAUUACUCUGGAUAACACAUGUUCACUGUUCAGGGGCCUUCAGAAGGAAGAGCUUGUCCUCCUCACUCAUGGAGAUAGCGUGGAUAAAGUAGCUGAUGGAUUCAAAGUUGUUGCACAGUCUGGGAACAUUAUAGCAGGUAUAGCAAAUGAAUCUAAAAAACUUUAUGGAGCACAGUUCCAUCCUGAAGUUAGCCUUACAGUGAAUGGAAAAAUGAUCCUGAGGAAUUUUCUUUAUGAUAUUGCUGGAUGCAGCGGUACCUUUACAGUGGAAAAUAGAGAACUUCAGUGUAUUCAAGAUAUUAAAGAGAAAGUGGGCUCAUCGAAAGUCCUGGUUUUGCUCAGCGGAGGUGUGGACUCAACAGUGUGUACUGCUCUCCUGAAUCGUGCUUUAAACCGAGACCAGGUCAUAGCUGUACACAUAGAUAAUGGAUUUAUGCGUAAAAGAGAAAGUCAGUCUGUGGAAGAGGCACUCAAAAAACUUGGAAUUCAAGUUAAAGUGGUAAAUGCAGCCCAUUCGUUCUAUAAUGGUACAACAACUCUGCCAAUCUCUGAUGAGGAUAGAACUCCGCGUAAAAGGAUUAGCAAGACCUUAAAUAUGACUACAAGUCCUGAAGAAAAAAGAAAAAUUAUUGGUGAUACCUUUGUUAAGAUUGCCAAUGAAGUUAUUGGGGAAAUGAAUCUGAAACCUGAAGAGGUUUUUCUUGCUCAGGGUACCCUCAGACCUGAUCUCAUUGAAAGUGCUUCCCUUGUUGCAAGUGGCAAAGCUGAAGUCAUCAAAACUCAUCAUAAUGAUACAGAGCUAAUCAGAAAGCUACGAGAAGAGGGUAAAGUAAUAGAACCGCUGAAAGACUUCCACAAAGAUGAAGUGCGAGUGCUAGGGAGAGAACUCGGUCUUCCUGAAGAGCUGGUUUCAAGACAUCCCUUCCCAGGUCCUGGUCUAGCGAUCAGAGUGAUAUGUGCUGAAGAACCUUAUGUGUGCAAAGACUUUCCUGAAACAAACAAUAUUUUGAAAAUAGUUGCAGACUUUUCUGCAAGUGUUAAAAAGCCACAUACUUUGUUGCAAAGGGUCAAAGCAUGUACGACUGAAGAAGACCAGGAGAAGCUGAUGCAGAUUACAAGCCUACAUUCACUGAAUGCCUUCUUGUUACCAAUCAAAACUGUGGGAGUGCAGGGCGACUGUCGUUCAUAUAGCUAUGUUUGCGGGAUCUCUAGUAAAGACACUCCACACUGGGAGUCUCUUAUGUUUCUUGCCAGACUCAUACCACGGAUGUGCCACAAUAUAAACAGAGUUGUGUAUGUGUUCGGUCCACCAGUCAAAGAACCUCCUACGGAUGUCACACCUACUUUCCUGACAACAGGAGUCCUCAGCACUUUACGUCAAGCUGAUUUUGAGGCUCACAAUAUUCUCAGGGAGUCUGGUUAUGCCGGAAAAAUUAGCCAGAUGCCAAUAAUUCUGACACCGUUACAUUUUGAUCGCGACCCCCUACAGAAGCAACCUUCCUGUCAAAGAUCUGUGGUUAUUCGAACUUUUAUUACUAGCGAUUUCAUGACUGGUAUUGCAGCAACUCCUGGUAAUGAGGUUCCAGAAGAGGUUGUGUUAAAAAUGGUGGCGGAGAUUAAGAAGAUUCCUGGCAUUUCUCGGGUGAUGUAUGACUUGACAUCAAAACCACCAGGAACUACAGAGUGGGAGUAAUUAACUUUUUUCUAUUAAAGUACUGUGUGCAGUUUAAAUCAUAUCAGAAACCAUUCCCAGUGUUGACAUGCAGUACUGUGAAAAGAGUGACUGGAGCUGCUACAUCACAUCUGAUUCCUCUCCUGGAGCGUAAAUCUGCAGUUAAGAGCUGUGUUGGGGAUAACUAAGUGGGGCUGAGGAUUUGUACGGGUAAAUAAUCAUGGCAGCAUUGCCUGUGCGCAGACAGAUUCCUAUUGCUUUUGCCUUUGUCUUACUGAUUCUUCCCGUUUUCAUGUGUUUUACUGUUAACCGUCAUUUCAGCGUCUCUUUGUUUUUGUAUACCGUGUAAAAAGAGACAUUUUAUUUACUUCUACCAAAAUCAUUGUUACCGCCUAAAAAUGUAAAAUGAAUACUUUGUGUGACCAACUGCUUUUGGACAGAUUUAUUAUAAAUAAAUAUUUUGCCAAAUGGAGUGGUGGGUGCUGUCGAGUCGUGGCGUUAGCGUGCAGCCGCUGCGGAGCCCGCUCUGCCCCGUCUGGCGCGACACCGGUGCCGGCAGCGCAGCGCUGGGGCGUCACCAGCCCUCUCUCCCUGCUCUUGCACCGCUUGGUAGGUGUUUGCUGGCAACAAACGUGUACACACGUACUAAUCUUCAGUAUACGCUUACUGCACCUAUACAUAGGUCAGAUUGCAGGCGAUGAGGUGUCGCGCGUGCUUUUGCGGGUUCCGAUAGAAGAGUUAAAGUGGGAGUGGAAUUGGAAGAGCUGUUACACCAGAGCUACUGGAUCUGUGAAUUCUCUUUCUGUUUUUCAGUGCUUAUGCAAUAGUCCCUUCACAGCCUACUGCCCACGUGCGUUUGUUUUACUUGAUAACAUUGUUUUCUACACAUGGCUUUUACAGGAAGAACUUUUCUAUGUGUUAUACUUAGCUUUUAAACAUUAUAGUCAUUUAGUGUGGAAUCAUGGUAUCAGAGUGGACUUGAUCCAUCAACCGAGAUCACUUCAGUCGCUUGUAUUCCGCUGUUUAGUGAAGUGAGCAAUAAUUUAAGAGGAGAGAUGUGGUUACCUUGGACACCUGUUCGUUUUCUGAUAUCUUCAGGCAAAGGCCAGCUAUUUCCAUCCACCUGAGAAUUGUGAGUGUCCUACAGUUGCUGUCUUUGGAAGUUUAAUUUCUGUAACACUUGGAUUCGGACCUGAGCAGCUUACUGGGUACCUACAGGUUACCUGUGCUGUUAUAACCUUAAUUAUGUACCCAAGUUUAUCGUUUUAGCCACUUUCUGAACAUUUGCAUUUCAUUCAGCUGCCAAAUUGUUUUGUGGGGGUGAGAUACUUGUUUUAAACUGUUUGAUAACAUGGUGUGUUUAAUGGCUGUAGCUACCUGUAUUUCCACUUACAUAGAUUUGUGAACUGGAAUAAUGGUUGAAAAUGUUUAUUCUAUAUUCUUUUAAUUGCACACUUUUUUAUUGUUUUUACAUUUAUUACUUACACUUGUAUUACGGAAAUUUAGUUUCAUUCCUGUUUAUAGGAUAUGGCUAACUUGUUUCAAUUUAUACUUUUGCUGAUGUCACUAGGAAGUUGUCUUUCGUUUGGGGAAGGAGACGGCAUAUUAUAGCCCUUUGCUGCUUUUUUGAAAAUACUCUUGACAACCUAGAUGUGCAGGAGGGCAGCAGACUGGUGGCCGUAAUCUGGAGUUAGGAAGAACUGCCUUCUGGCCUUACCAUAUCUGCUAGGAGCAGAACUGUCUUGGGUCAAUUAACGUUAAUCUGUGUGUAUCUCACUUGUCUCAUUUAUGAAAUGAAGGUAGUAAUUCUAACACAUCCAUUAUAGCCUUUUAGAGCUCUUUGGAUGAGCUCUUUGCUACAUAAGUGAAGUAUUAUUUAUAUAAAAGUUAUUUUGUUACUGGACUGUGAUCUAUUAGAAACUCUACAAACCGUUGCUUGCUGGGGCAGAAUCUAUUACAGCAUGGGUUCUGUUGAAAACAAAUUUGAUUUUUAAUGUAAUUUAGUUCAAAAGAAAGCUCCCUAACUAAAUUACGGCUUUAUAGUACAUUUUAAUUUUUUUUGUCAGAAAAAGCUGAGGAUAGUUGUUUUCAUGACUGGUGAUAUCUUGUACAUAAAUGGUGCGACCACAAGAAAUAAAUCUUUUUGGUGUGAUGCAGAAUACUUCAGCCUUUUAGUGUCAUUGCAGUUGUUGCUAGUUUUAAGUGGGCUUGCUAUUGCUGCUGCUGCCGCUGCCAUCAGGUUGUCUGUUACCUUGAGAACAAGUAGGUAAAAUGGAAGGAGGAAUUACUUUAAAAAAAAACAAAUAAAUAAAUAAAAUAAAGAAUUCGGAGCACCUCUUACACCCAAAACUUUAUUCUUGACUCUAAUGAGACACUCCUGGUUGGCCUCCGUGUAGAUGAAUAUGCAGUACAUAGUCUCAUAGUUAUGUCCUAACUUGCAAGAAAGCUUGCAUAACGUCAUGUCCGUAGCAUUCAGGGGCUUAUAAUAACUCUGCCUUUUGACUGCAACCUUAGGAUAUACCUGCACAGGUUUUUUUAUAUUCACUGCAUGUUGCAUACUUGGAAGCCCUACUUUCAGAGUUGCAUCUUACCUGUAGGUAUAAUAUAAUACCUGUAUACAGUGGGUAUGCUGAAGUUUGACGUAUGCUUUUAACAUCUUUAAUCAUGUUGGUUGCUUUCAUGUUUUUAAUGAAACAGAGCUUGAUAACAAUUCCUGUGCUCUUUAGGAACAUACACUUUUGUUUUGUUUUUUUAAGCCAGAAAGGUAAAUAUUGAAACAUUUAGUCAUAAACGAUUGCACUAUAAACAAAAUAUGUCUUAUUGAAAUAAAAUUUGUGGUCUCUAAAUAUCUUCCCCCAAUUUAACAGCUGUGCCAUGCAUUUUAGAAGUGUUUGGUUAUUCUUAGGAGGGUUGGUGUCGUCAUCCCAGCAGUUCUUGAGUGUUUUUAUGGAUCCGUGUGUAUAGAACAGCCAGAAGUGGGGAGAGAAUUAAGACUGUUCGCAUUUCUUCAGAAGCGUAUUUAGCACAUAGUUUACAGACUAAUAACUGUAGCUGCCCUGUACAAUUGUUCACCUCAAGUCUUCAGUAAAACAUGUCAGCGGUUAGAGGAAUUUGUAUUGGGGGUAUUCCCCGUCAUUCUCAAUUUUUAACAUUUUUCUGCUUGUGAAAUGAUAAAGUACUGUGAGCCUUAAUUUUUAUCCACAAAUAAAAAUAUUAUGUUUGA